AUGGAUAAACUGGCCUUAUGUGAAGCACACAACGUUCCUCUAACACCCAUAACGUUCUUGAAGAGAGCUUCGGAAUGUUAUCCUAAUCGAACUUCCAUUAUCUAUGGACAAAGUCGUUUCACUUGGCCUCAGACCUAUGACCGUUGCUGUCGUCUCGCCUCUUCUCUCCUCACUCUUAAUAUCACCCGAAACGACGUCGUCUCGAUUUUGGCCUCUAACGUACCUGCUAUGUACGAGAUGCAUUUUGGCGUUCCCAUGACCGGUGCAGUACUUAACCCUAUUAACACCCGUCUCGACGCCAAAACCAUAGCCAUCAUCCUUCGCCACGCCCAGCCAAAGAUGUUAUUCGUGGACCAUGAGUUUGCUCAUUUGGCCCGAGAAGUCCUCCGUCUCCUACCUUUUGACGAUUCACAACCUCACCCACUGAUCAUAUUCAUUGAUGAGAUCGGUUCCCCUAGAAAGCAUUCCUCCGAGGAGUUAGACUACGAGGGUCUCAUUCGUAGAGGAGAUCUUACGCUCUCUUCGUCCGCUAGUAUGUUCCGUGUCCAUGACGAGAAUGACCCUAUCUCUUUAAACUACACGUCUGGCACAACUGCUGACCCAAAAGGUGUAGUGGUUAGCCACCGAGGAGCGUACUUGAGUGCUUUGAGCUCAAUUAUCGGCUGGGAAAUGGGGAUUUCCCUUGUUUACCUCUGGACACUACCUAUGUUUCAUGCUAAUGGAUGGACGCACACGUGGUCCGUGGCUGCGAGUGGCGGCACUAACGUCUGCUUAAGGCACGUGACUGCCCCAGAGAUCUAUAAAAACAUAGAUUUGCAUGGCGUGACGCACAUGUCUUGUGUCCCUACGGUGUUUAGAAUUCUCCUAGAAGGACGUCGAAAUGAUGGGUCAGACAAGUCCAGGCCUAUUCAGGUGUUGACGGGAGGUUCACCCCCACCUGCUGGACUUCUUGAGAAGGUGCAGCGGAUAGGGUUUCAAGUGAUGCAUGGCUAUGGGCUUACGGAGGCCACUGGUUCAGUUCUCUUUUGUGAAUGGCAAGACGAGUGGAACAGACUACCAGAGCAUCAACAGAUGCAGUUGAAAGCAAGGCAAGGGGUAAGAAACAUAACCGUAGAGGAUGUUGACGUGAAGAACACGAAAACUCAAAAGAGUGUCCCACGCGACGGGAAGACGAUGGGAGAGAUUGUCAUUAAAGGAAACAGUGUAAUGAAAGGGUAUCUAAGGAACCCAAAAGCGACAUCUGAAUCGUUUAAACACGGAUGGCUCAACACGGGAGAUAUAGGUGUGAUUCAUCCUGAUGGGCACGUAGAGAUCAAAGAUCGAUCCAAAGACAUUAUCAUAUCGGGAGGUGAGAACAUUAGCAGUAUCGAGGUCGAGAGAGUUCUUUACGGGCACUUGAAAGUGCUCGAAGCUGCAGUCGUUGCCAUGCCUCAUCCUCUUUGGGGUGAAACCCCAUGUGCUUUUGUUGUUCUAAAAAAACGUGAGACUAAUAAAGGACGUGGUGAAGAAGAAUUGGUGACCACAGAACGAGAUUUGAUUGACUAUUGCCGUGAGAAUAUGCCGCAUUUUAUGUGUCCAAGGAAGGUAGUGUUUUGUCAAGACUUGCCAAGGAACAGCAAUGGAAAGAUUCUUAAGUCUAAGCUGAGAGACACUGCUAAGGCUUUGGUAGUCGAUGAGGUCAAUGCCGGUUAUAAGGAAGUUCAUCGACACGGUGUUAGUCACGUUAGUUCUAGGUUAUAA